AUGACUGCUAGCUUCCUAAUGGUGUCCGUUCGUUGGCUGGCGGCCACAAUGGUCGUGUGCUCGUUGUGCACAGCAAGCAACCAGCACAAGCGCUCCUUUCUGGAGCUGGGCUGCCGCGGCAACUUCGAGCAGUCAUACCUGGCCAGACUUGAGCGUGUCUGUGAAGAGUGCUACCAGCUGUACCAAGACCCGAAGGCUUACAACAUGUGCAGAGACAACUGCUUCAAGAACGAGUACUUCUUCCAGUGUGCCGAGGCGCUACUUCUCAAAGAUGAGAUAGACAGUCUCAAGAGUAAGGUCGAUUACCUGUACAGCCGCUGACGACCUUAACGAGGACAAGACACAAGGGCCGCUCAUCAGCAAUUCAUUGUUUCAUUUCUUCAUCACCAUAAAUAUCUAGCCUACAGAAUCUGACUGCAACCGCAACAACCAACAUACUUACCUUAAACAUAACUUCAACCUAGACUGGAGCACAAGCGAUGGGACACAGUCGUGAAAAAAAAAAUACGAUGUGACCUGUCUGGUGCCGUCUAGUUCAUGGAGAAACUUCGAGAAUCAUACUGAUCCGGCUUAAGCUUCCUCCAUUGAAAAUCCCAGCACGACCUUUACACCAGCGGCCCUUGAAGUGAAGCAAUGGACUAACAAAGGAUACGUCCACGAAUAGUCAUGGCCACUAUAGCGCCGUCAUGAGUUCGUCGGUGACACUAUUCG